UUCAUUUCAUUGGAUAGGAAUCUUCAAUCAUGGAGGUUUUCUGGUGCGAGUUAGUAGGCCGGUGUGUCCGCGGACUCUGAAAACACUCUUCCGAAAGUAUAAAAAAAGAAGCGUUUACUCGCCAUGGUUUAGCCUUCAUUUAACGCCGUUGCUCACUCGUCCAGGGCUUCAUUUUAAGUAAUUUUCAGCUCUAAUGGCGAGCAAUGCUUUAUCUAUGAACCUUCGAGGUAGUGGCUCUUCGUCACGCCCUAGAAGAAGAAGAAGGCUUCGAAGCCCUGAACCGAGUGAAUAUGAAGAAGACGGUGUUGAAAUCCUUGGUACAUUUGAGAGUUUUGAGGGAGAAUUAGGGCAAGGGAUCCAUGAGAAUGCUUCUUGUGAUGGAUUGCUGGGGCAUAGUGGGGAUACGGGGAACUUUGAGAAGGGGAGUUGCAGAGAUAGUUUCGGUGAAAUGGAGAAGAGCAUGGGUGAUUCGGACUUAUUUUCGUGCCCUAUCUGCAUGGAGCCGUGGAGCUCUGAUGAUACUCAUAGGAUCUGUUGUCUUCCUUGUGGGCAUUUAUUUGGACACUCAUGCAUAGAAGCAUGGAUUCAAAGAUGUGGGAAAUCUGAUGGGAAGUGUCCACAAUGCAACAAGAAGUGUAAAGUCAAAGAAAUAACAAAGCUCUAUGCGCCAUGCAUUGCCGUUGCUGACGAAGAUUGCAAACAGGAAAUGGUCACUCUUCAGGUCAAAAAUGAAUCUCUUGAGUUGCAGGCUCAACAACUUUCUGAGGAAAUUCAUCGGCAUGAAACCCAAAUGUUAGAAAAGGAGCAACUUCAUGAAGCAUUGAUGCAGUCUCAAAGGACAGUGUAUGAAGCGACUAUCACUGAGCUCCAAGAUCAGAUUACACAAAUGCAGUUGGCACAUGAAGAGCUUCUUCAAUCUAAGGACGCCGAGUUGAUUGAGGAGAAUGAUGAUCUUAAACAUCGCCUCAUGGAAAUGAAAAAGGCCACGGAUACAAGGAUAAUGGAACUUGAGCAAGCUUUGAUCCUCAAGGACAAGGAUAUGCAGGUUGCACUAUUGGAACAAAGGUGCAAGGGUUAUAAGAGGCUCUUGGACUUGAUGCAACAACUGGUCUCUUUGACGAGCCAUAAAAAUCAACUGCCAUUCUUAGGGGGGAGGAGCUCGGGCCAUACCUAACUGUGGAUAGACCUUCGGCCUAUCUUGAUAUAAUCAUCUCUUGUUUUUUGUAUUCGGGUAGAGGCACCAUAUCCUUCGGGCCAUUUUUGGCUUCACAUUUUGUAAUUAUGAACAGAACGUGCUUCAUCAUUGUAUGCUUGUUUUUCAGUAUAUUUUUUUUUGUGGGGGGGAGUUAGCAAGCUAGGUUAGAAUUUGAAUCCACAAUGUGAAGGUUGUACCAACAAGUGCCUUCUCAUUGAGCUAUGACAUUUGCAGUGAAACUCCCAUUCUAGUUGAAUUGUUGCAUUAAUCUUUCCUAUCUCUUUGUGAAGAGCGUAGAGCAUGUGUAGUAAAAGUUUUUCAAACCUCUGUUAUCAACUUCAAAAAUUGGGCAUUUCAGCAUUAGCUCUGUCUUUUCCCAUUUGAAGGGUGUAUAUUCCUCAUGUGGAUCCCGUGAACCAUUUUUAAAAGAAACUCUUUAUCUUGGAUUCUUCUGUGUACAUGGCAGUGGUAUGGCACAUUUUCAUCUG